CCCAAAUCCAUAAUUAUUACUACUCCCUAUUAUAUGUCUGUAAGACAGAGUAAUAAAUUCAAUGCAUAGCACAUACUUGCCAAAACAUAACAUGGAGUGAUUGAUUUAUAUUUGGUAAUAAUUCUCGAUAAACUUCCAUAAAUUAUUCCUAGAAGAGAAUUGUAUAAAGUUAAUAAAAAAAGAAGAAAAAAAAAAGAGCAACAUUUUUGUUGAACAAUGAAGAAAGACAAAAGCAGAACCAAACACUGUGUGCUAUCAUGGUCCAUUCUGGUUGCUCUGUUGCUCAACCUAACGGUUCUGCUUUCUGUCUUCUCGCGCCUGAAAGAGAAGCAACUCUUCGGUGGCUUCUCGGCCGCGGCAAAACCUCAUCAAGACUUGGGAGGGGAAGAAGAAGAAACAAAAGAUCUACUCGGGGGGCUUCUGCCUCCGGGAUUCGAAGAAGGAUCGUGUCAAAGUAGGCAUGGAUCAGUUCAUUACUUGAUGAGAAGGCUAAAGCGUCCGCCUUCUCCACAUCUUCUCUCCAAGCUUAGAAGCUACGAAUCUCUUCACAGGCGAUGUGGGCCCCACACCGAAUCCUAUAACCGAACCGUGAAACUCAUAGAGUCAUCAUCAGCUCCCACCGAGUGCAGGUAUGUCCUUUGGUCACCUUUCGCCGGGUUGGGGAACAGGAUGCUGACAAUGGCUUCUGCAUUCCUAUACUCCCUUCUCACCAAUCGAGUCCUCAUCGUGGAUUUUCGCGACCACACUCCGGAUCUAUUCUGUGAUCCCUUCCCCGGAACUUCUUGGUUCCUGCCGCGAGAUUUUCCCCUUGUUCAUUACCUGGGAGUGCUUAACAAGAGCUCUUCUCAUUGCCACGGAUAUAUGGUCAAAAACCAUCUCACUAAAAAGUCUUCGCGAAUUCCCCCCUUUGUGUAUCUGAAUCUGAUCUACGACAUGGAUCGAUACGACGAAACCUUCUUCCUUGAAGGCCAAGAGCAGACGUUCUUAAACAAAGUACCGUGGCUGUUUAUGUCGUCCGACGAGUACUUCAUCCCCUCUCUUUUCAUGAUGCAAUCUUUCAGCGAAGAACUUGGGAACAUGUUCCCCGACAAAGACGCCGUGUUCCACCUCCUUGGACGGUACUUGUUUCAUCCCACAGAUCUAGUGUGGGGUAUGAUCACCAGAUACCACAGAGCUUACUUGGCCGGAGCCGACGAGAAGAUCGGAAUCCAGAUCAGAGAGUUUGAGGGAUGGCUAAAGCCUCAGCAACACAUUCUAAAUCAGAUUAUGGCAUGCAUUUCAACAGGGAAUAUACUCCCACGGAUCAAUGAAGAUGAUUACCUGCCGGACGGAUCCAAUGCCCGGGACCAAAAGAACAAGACAAAGGUGGUCCUGGUAACAUCGUUGGUCUCCGGGUACGCCGACCGGAUCCGGCUAAUGUACACAUUGUAUCCAACGGAGACCGGGGAGGUGGUCCGGGUACACGAGCCGAGCCAGGAGGAGCAUCAGAAGAUGAGUGAUUUGUUGCACUACAUGAGGGCGUUGGCGGAGAUUUACCUUAUUGGGAUGAGUGACACGUUGGUCACCAGCGGGCGGUCGACUUUCGGGUACGUGGCUCAGGGUCUCGGAGGAUUGAAGCCUUGGGUCAUGUACCGGCCGAAGAAUCAGACCACGGCCCCGGACCCGCCAUGUGGACGGGUGGGUUCCAUGGAGCCUUGCUUCCACCUUCCUCCUACCCAUGUCACAAUGGCGCAUGUUCCUUACGUUAGGCCCUGUGAAGAUGAAGUCAAUGGCCUUAAGCUCUACAAGGACACCACUUAAUCAAGUAGGGUCAUAUCAGUCUCUUACUUCUAAGUUGAUACUCCCUUCCUUAAAAAAUGUUUAUCACAUUAUGCAACACAAAACACAUUUUAAAGUUUUUUCAAUUUGUUUUAUUUAAAAAUUGGUGCAGAAAUAUAAAAUAAAAUUUACAUGUUUAA